GUCGCUCUAGGGGAUGGUGCCUGAGGGUUCCCGUGGAGUGAGGUUUGGCAACUCCUCUGCUCAGUCCAUUUUCUAACUUUGCUUUUGAUGUUCAGCGCUUCUAGCUUUUCAUAUAUAUAAUUGUUUCACUUGUUUUUUGGGGUCUUUGUUGUAAGAGGGAUCACUGGAACUGUCUGACUGCUCUACCAUCUUGGCCUCCCUUUUCUAUUUCUUGAUGCUGUUUACAACAUAGUUUGGUGCUAUACAAAGCUAAUGCAAAAAAUUAAAAAACCAGCUGCUGUCAAGCUGAUUCCAACUCAUGGCAAUCCCAUAUGAGUCAGAGUAGAACUGUGCUCCAUAGGGUUUUCAAUGGCUGGCUUUUCAGAAGUAAAUUGUCAAGGUUCCUCUGGGUGGAGUUGAGCCACCAACCUUUCAGUUAGCAGCUGAAUGUCUUACUAGUUUGCACCACCCAAAGCUAAUGUACAUGUGUUCAAAGCUAAUUUACUUACCACUGAUAACCAGAUACAGGGACUGUAUCUGCUGGACUCAGGAAUUAAUGUUGAGUGAAAAAGAAAAUCAGAGAAUUAUGUACAAUCCGUUACCAUAUUUACAAAGUUCAAAAACACAUAAAAGUAUACAAUGUAUUUUUAAAAAUAUAAUUUUGGAUAUUAUGAAAACAUAAUUAAGGAUCUGUAAAGUAAGAUAGAGUGACGUAGGACUUAUCACAUGUUGGGGGACAGCACGUCAGGAAGCUCAAGUCCGGUGUGGCUGGAUAAAAGCCAUGAGUUAAAGAAAGGCCCUAAUUGGUGGAUGUUCUUGAAACACAUCUUCAAAUUAACUUUGAUUUGAAAAGUAAAGGGGAGUAAGCUCUUCAGAAAGGGCGUGAUAGGAUCAAGGCACAUCCAAGGGGAUCACUAUGCAGUUAAAAAAAAAAAAAUUUACAUUGGAAAAAAGGCAGCUGAGGGGUAAAAGUCUCUCCCAUAGAUGGCGCUUGGUGGUUCCCUCGCUUUUAGGGAGCUAGUUCCUCCUUGCUCUGUUCCUUUAUCAGUGGCAGACAGGCAGGGUGAGGCUUGUUGGUUUAUAGGGCCAGUUAGAGGGGAGUCUGUGGAGCAGAAGGAGUCCCUCAGCUUUGUGCUUCAGAAUAAAACAAACUUUUCUCAGCCCCACCUUCCUUCCUGAUGCUCCUGCCUGGCUCCUAAUCUCCCUGGAUGGGAGUACCAGUGUUCCCAGCUCUGCUGGUGAGGGACAAAUAGCUUUGAUUCCAAAGGUGAGCGCAUGGUAUACCCCUCAUACAUCAAGCUCACGGACUCUCUUCUGGUGUCUCCCUGCCUGUCCUAGUUCCACUGGAGAUGGCAAGUUUCUCUGGCUCCUGGCUCUCUGGCUGCCUCAUCACACUCAUCUUCCUUCAGCUGCCAGCUCCAGGUUCAGGGGAUGCCAGAAAGUUCCACCUGGUUCCGCUAGGGGGCACAGCCGAGCUGCUCUGCCCCCUCCCCCUCUGGCCAGGCAUGGAGCCCACGGAGGUGAGGUGGCUGCGGUCCCCACACCCCCAGCUCUCCCAGGCUGUUCAUGUGUUCCGGAAUGGGAAAGACUGGGAUGACGGUCAGAUGCCAGAAUACAAGGGGAGGACGGUGCUGGUGAGAGACACCCAAGAGGGAAAUGUCACUCUGAAGAUCCUCAAUGUCCGGCUUGAGGACCAAGGGCAGUACCGCUGUCAAAUCCAGAUCGGCAAUCUGAGUAAAGAGGGCAGCGUCACCCUGCAGGUUGCAGUAUUAGGUUCUGAUCCUGACAUCCACGUGGAGGGCUAUGACGCUGGUUGGAUCAAAGUAGUGUGCAGAUCCGUGGGAUGGUUCCCAAAGCCCUCUGCCGAGUGGAGAGACCCUCAAGGCACAGUGCUUCCAUCCCUGUCGGAGGUCCAUGACCUGGAUGAAGCUGGACUCUUCCAAACAACGGUGUCCAGCAGAGUGAGGGACAGCACUCUGGGGAAUGUGUUCUGCAUCAUCCACAACUCCGCCCUUGGUCUAGAGAAGAAGGCGGUCAUGGUCAUUGCAGCUCCAUCUCCAGGGAGGAUCUCCUCUCCCACAGUGGCUCUUGUUGUGAUGCUACCUGUCCUGGGGCUUCUCUUCAUAGCAGGUAUCUUCCUCAUCCGGAAGCAAAGAAGAUCAAAAGAGAAGCUUCUUUAUGAACAGGCGAUGGAGGUAGAAAAUCUUCUCUCAGAUCAUGCAGAAGAAAAAGGAAGGCUCCACAAAGCCCUCAAGAAACUCCGGAGUGAACUGAAGCUGAAAAGAGCUGCAGCAAAUGCAGGCUGGAGAAGGGCCCAGCUGCACUUCGUGGCUGUGACCCUGGAUCCCGACACAGCGCAUCCCAAACUCAUCCUCUCUGGGGACCGGAGAUGUGUGAGGCUCGGAGACAGAAAGCAGCCUGUGCCUGACAACCCACAGAGAUUUGAUUUUGUUGUCAGUGUCCUGGGCUCUGAAUGCUUCACGGCCGGCUGUCAUUACUGGGAAGUAUACGUGGGAGACAAGACCAAGUGGAUCCUUGGAGUGUGUAGUGAGUCAGUGAGCAGGAAGGGGAAGGUCACUGCCUCACCCUCCAACGGACACUGGCUUGUGAGGCAGAGUCGUGAGAAUCACUACGAGGCUCUCACAUCCCCACAGACCUCCUUCCGCCUGAAAGAGCCUCCGCUGUACGUGGGGAUUUUCCUAGACUACGAAGCAGGAAUUAUCUCCUUCUUCAACGUGACUGACAAAUCCCACAUCUUUACUUUCACCCACAGUUUCUCUGGCCCGCUUCGCCCUUUCUUUGAACCUUGCCUUCAUGAUGGAGGCAAAAAUUUGGCGCCUCUAGUCAUUUGUUCAGAACUCCACAGAUCAGAGGAGUCAACUGUCCCCAGGCCAGAAAGAAAAAGCCAUGCUAAUGGCGACGUGUCCCUGAAGGUGGACCCUUCCUUAUUCCCUCCUCCAUCAGAGGAGCUUUUCCCACUCAAGGACCUCAGCCCGGCUCUUCAGGGGCUCAAGGUACCUUCCUUUUAGGGAUGUGCCUCAAUUCCUGCUCCCCUGACUGCCCAGUUUAGCACCCUGGAUUGCAAUCUCCUGGCCCAAUUCAUGAUUCUGGAAGUCUCACCUCCUUACCCCAAGGCCAGACCCUUUAUUGUGGUUUCUAUUUGCUCUACUUUUCUCUCAGGGCUCAGUUCUGAGCCCUGCAAGGAGAAUUCCUAAAAACCAAAUAUAUAUCACUUUAGGUUUAGGUGGAGAUGUUGAAUGUGUGUCACUGAGAUGUAGAGCAGGUUCAGGGGAAGGGGUUCUUUGCUCAGGGGAAUAAUUAGAACUCUCUCUACCUCAUCCUGCACUCAGGCUUUUAGUUGUAAAAUUAUGGUCCCCAGUCCCAGACUGAAUCUCUGCUUCUUACUUCUCCCAUCAAGGACUACUUUUCUCUCUCUCAAUUCAAGCCUUUAGCCCCCAAAGUCAGUUUUUGAAAGUAAACCCUUUUGGGUCACAGCCGCUUCCUUCCUUUUUUCAGGAAUAUGGGGAAGGAGGAGAGGUGAAACAUGCCAUCCUUUUCUAUUUUCUUGAUGCUGUUUACAACAUAGUUUGGUGAUAUCCAACACGGAUGCAAAAAAUUAAAAACCAGCUGCUGUCAAGUUGUUUCUGACUCAUGGUGAUCCCAUGGGUGUCAGAGUAGACCUGUGUUCCAUAGGGUUUUCAUGGCUGGUUUUUCAGAAGUAAAUUGCCGAGGUUUCUCUGGGCGGACUUGAACCACCAACCUUUCAGUUAGCAGCUGAGUGUGUUGCCCAUUUGCACCACCCAAAGCUAAUAUACAUGUUUUCAAAAGCUAAUCUAGCCACCAAUAAUAACUAAAUACAGGGACUUUAAAUGCAUAUCUUUAAUCCUUAAAAGACUCAGGAGCACAAUCAGGGAGCUCAGAAGUACAACUUCAAAAAGAGCAGCUCAGACAUGUGUGGCCUUGAAAGACAGCGGCAAAUGAGUCAACCUGGUGUGCUGGUGUUUUCAAACAAAGGCUUCAGACCUCCUGAGAUUCAGUGAGGACCAGCUAUGAAAAGUGACAGAUUUAGCUGCCAAAGUUGGAGCUGUUUCCACUCUCUUUCUUUUGUGUAGCAAACAGCCUCUUAGGUCAGAUAAUAUUGAUUUCAAAUAGGAAGUAGUAGGCUAGGUGUGAGGAUAAAAUAAUGAGCCUGAUUUUUUGGUGUGGCUUGCAGAAAGAAGCCUAGUUACUUUAAAGUCACACCACAUAUGUGACCUGGCCUGCUUGUGGAGAUACUGGCUAUCAGUUUGCAGAUGGGAACACAGUCUACCCAAGAGAAACUUUAUCUUGCUGUCUGUCAGAAACGCCCUCUGUUAGUGCUCAAGUGGAAUUUUUUGUUUGCUUUUAUACAUUUCUUAAAUAAAAGUUUGGUAUUUCCUUGUUUGGCAUGCUGUUAUUUUCACUGUGAAUGAGAAGUUGUGGGUAAAGACUUCGGGCUGCUAAGAAAAAAACACAUCUGGAAUUGAUUUCCAAACAGUCCACCCAAGUAAGCUGUAACCACAAUUAAUAAAGCCACAGUUUCAUUCCUGAGUCUGCCUUCUCAGUAUUAUAUUUAUAUCAAUUUAUAAACUAAUACUGUACAUACCUGUUGACAUCGAGUAGACCCUGCCUUGAGGGUCUUUCCACUUGGCCCAGUGCUUUAGGAACCAUCCCACCGACCUGCACACCAGUUGGAUCCAUCCAGUCUUGUAACCCUUCACGUGGAACCUAGAACUGAAGAGGAGAGACUACCUGACUGAACCAGCCCAGAAAUGGACUGGCAGGGUCUUGCCAAAGGGCAUGGUCUCAGCAAGAGCCCUCUUUUUCCUCCCACAGGGAAAACUGUUACUCUA